CACCCAACGACCAACAACGUGGCUCCUGCCUCCAGAACUGGCUAAGCCAAGUAGCCGGAUCAUUAUUACUCACCACCGCAGCCAACUGAACCAGCAACGAAAACAGCGGCACAGGGGUGAUAGAGGUAACCCACGCACCAACUAUUACCGCCUGAACGGACUGAUCCU